AAGCAGAGCAUGUCAGUUAAUAUGAAACGCUGCAGGAAGGAUUUGAGGUCUUUCAGAAAAUGUAAACACGGAUUUUAGCUUUUCGACUGCACGUCUUUUCUAGUCGUUACGUGGUUGAACAGCUCGCUGAUGCGUGAUGCACCCUGUGGGUCUGUGUACACACACAUUCACGUGUGGAGAGAAGGACACAGAUACAGCCAGCCCCAGAGCCUUUCAUACUGGACUGCUACGGGCACUUUAUACGUUCGCCCUUCCUCGAGUGCAUGCAGCUGACAUUGUUGAUCCACAGGCCAGUCUUCAGUCUUUACCAAAACAUGUGGGCAAGCCAGAGUUUCCCGACACAGGAUGGGACCGCAUUAAAGACCUAUUCAACCGAGGAGAUGGACAGGUGUACUCGGAAGAGGUGAGGAACGUGGGUAAGAGUGCUCUGACAGCAGCCUUGGUGGGACUGCUUUAUGGAGGCCUGCCUGGAGCCCGACAUGCCCGUGAGAGAUUCAUCCAGCUGAGCCAGGCGGAGAUCUACCGCAGCAGAGUGGAGGCAGUGCGUUCGGCUCAUAACGCGGCCAUCCGAGGCUUUGUGAGAUACGGUUGGAGGUGGAGCUGGAGAGUCGCCGCCUUUGUUACACUUUUUAACACUAUCAGUACAGGCAUUUCUGUGUACAAAGACAGUAACGCCUUGAGUCAUUUCGCUGUGGCGGGGGCUGUGACCGGAGGUGUGUUCCGGAUGAAUCUGGGCCUCAGGGGAUUGGUGGCAGGAUCGGCUAUUGGAGCUGCAUUGGGUGUGCCUGCUGGGGCGUUAAUUGUUGGGCUACAGAAGCUGGGAGGAGAGACCAUGCGUGAAAAACGACGACGGGAACGAAGAGAACUGUACGAGCUCAGGGUGGCUGAAUGGAAUGCACGUCUACAGCUUACUGAUGAGAUAAUUGGUGAAUUUAGUGGCCGGGACCAAGGCACAGAAGGUGACCUUCAGCGGAUCAAAGAGCUUCUUAGUCAACCAAGGAAUGAAGAAUCGGCAAAGGAGUCUUAACAGAUCUAAUUAUAGUGACUGACUGACUGACUGAAUUUAUAGAGUAUAACAUAUUAUUAUGCUCACAAAUGAAGAACACUGGCUCGUCAAAUGGGAGAUUUAUUUACAGGAUUUAAGCUUGAAGCUGAAAUGGUUGUUCGCAGACAAACAACAAACCACAUAGUACAUCAUGUCCUGAAUAUUUUUGUCAUUUGCACAGCAGUCGGUUCAUUUUCACCCUCCUGUGUUGAAUUCCAUGCUGUUCAGACUGUUGCUCUAUAAACCGAGUGAAUCUUUAUCUUCUCAUAAUUGUAAAAUAUAUAGUAUAUAUAACUUUUAAACAUAAGUUGUUUUCUUGUGUGUGUUUGGUGCAUGAGAUUUGUAAAGCCUGCGACGAAAAAAAAAAAUGACAAACUUCAAUCAAAGAGUCGUUGGACUACAAACUUUUAAUGGUUUGACUUUUAUUUGUUAACAAGUAGACCACAGAACCACAAAACUCAAUGACUGUCUUAGUAGAGUGUGUAUGUGUGUGCGUGCGUGCGUGCGUGUGUGUGCGUGUGUGUAAGUGAAAUAUGGUGCUGCGAGCUUGUCACAUGCCUUGGUCCCUUCUGGAAACAAGAUGUGACAGCAGCUGAGGCUCCAAGUUCAACAUGUGGAUAAAUACAAACACAGACCUACAGCACCACCAAGAGAACAAAAUCAGAGUUACAUGGGUUUACUCAUUUUAAAGACAUAUUUCACAAGGUUAUAAAAAUGUGGUCUUUCAUAUAUGAGAUUAAUAAUAAAGUAUUCACAUUAUUUUGGUCAAAGAUGGACAUUUGUGCAUAAGUGCCUCUUCAUAAACAAA